AUGAAAUUCAAGCCAAUGUAUCUCUUUGGCAGGGCCCUUCCACAAAUAAUCUCCAUCGGCAAUCGCCAUCCGCGUUCGAGCCCCCAACCCCUGCUCUUUACAACUCCUAGACCAGCAGUUCGCAAGCGAUUCCACCAGGCAUACCUCCCUCCAGGGGCCCAGUUCUCGUCAUCAGCCUCAGCCUUACCGGCAUCACAAAUGAAACCAACCGCGUCACCAGAAAACAUUGAGGACCUGAUAUCCUCUCUCCCUCUAAUCCGUUAUCUCCGCAAAUUCACUCUGUCCGCCGCAAGCCCAAGCGCUGAGACCUCAGCUAAAUAUAUAGAGUUCCGUCCACUCCGUACAAUGCAUCCCUCUGCGCAAGUAACCCACCUAGUGACAACAUCACUGAUAUCCCCAACCAAACUCCCGAUCGACCCAAUUUACUUCCUCAAGCACUCUUUCACCAAGGCCCCAUCCAAAUCACCAGAGUCUGCUGAGAUUACAGCAACAGCCUACCUCUCCACCCACCUCACCGGGCAUGCAGGGUACAUCCACGGUGGCUUGAUAGGGAUUCUCUUCGACGAUGUGUUUGCGCGUCUCGCAGCCGAGAUAUUCCCCAGUGGAGUUGGAAUGACCGCGAAUCUGACUCUGGAUUUCCGCGCGCCUGCGGUGCCGGGACGGGUUUAUGUUUGGAGGGUUGGCGUUGAGAAGGUGGAGAAGGAGAGAAAGGUCUGGGUGUAUGGGAGAAUGAGGUGUUUAAAUGAGUUUGAGGCUGAGGAGAUGAGGGAGAGAGGUGCUGGGGAUGGCAUUCCUGAGGAGGUUGGUGACGGCGAUACGCUGAGUGUGGAGGAAAGAGAAGGCGUGCUUGUGGCUGAGGCGAGGGGGUUGUUCAUUGAGCCUAGAGGGGUGAAGGCAUCGAACGGGUAUGAUGGUAAGGGACUAGACAACUGCUCAGAGACGGCUACAACCUAG